AUGGCAACUUACGCUUCAUCCUCCUCCCUUGCCUGCCUCUUCAUCGUCUUCCUUGUAUCCUCGGCUCUACCCGGAAGCCAUGGCAGCAGCAUUGCCAUCUACUGGGGCCAGAACGGCAACGAGGGCACCCUCGCCGACACCUGCGCCACCGGCAACUAUGCCUUUGUCAACAUCGCCUUCCUCUGCAGCUUCGGCUCGGGGCAGAAGCCGCAGCUGAACCUCGCGGGUCACUGCGACCCCUACUCCGACGCCUGCACAAACCUCACCGCAGAUAUCAACUCCUGCCAGUCCAAGGGCGUCAAGCAAGACGCCUUCAAGCUUGCCCAGUACAUCUGGAACAAUUUCCUCGGUGGGCACUCCGACAAGAGGCCGCUUGGCGACGCCGUGCUCGACGGCGUCGACUUCGACAUCGAGGGAGGAAACCCUGACUAUUAUGGAGCCCUUGCGGCAUACCUCAAGUCCUACGCUGCCAACGCCAAGGGCAAGGAGGUCUACCUGUCAGCGGCGCCGCAGUGUCCUUUCCCCGACCAGUGGGUCGGCAAAGCCCUUCAGACAGGCCUCUUCGACUAUGUCUGGGUUCAGUUCUACAACAACCCACCUUGCCAAUACACACCGGGAAGCAUGGCCAACCUCGUCAAUUCCUGGAACCAGUGGACAACAGGGAUCACAGCUAAGUACAUCUUUCUUGGCCUGCCGGCUGCACCAGAUGCUGCAGGGAGUGGGUUCAUACCAGUAGGAAGCCUCAAGGCGCAGGUGCUUCCCACGCUCAAGAACUCCACCAACUACGGAGGAGUCAUGCUGUGGUCCAAGUUCUACGAUGACCAGGAUGGAUACAGCUCGGCCAUCAAGAACUCCGUCUGA